GCCGCGGUGACACCGAGCGGGGAGCGCGCGGCGCGGGCACAGCGGGAGCCGCCGCCGCCAUGAACGGCAAAGGACAAUAUCCCACCCAGCCCUCCUACCCUGUGCAGGCUCCGGCCAGUGCUGCCGUGUACCCACAGAGUGUGCCCCUGCCGCAGCCACCACCAUACACGGAUGCACCUCCUGCUUACUCCGAGCUUUACCGUCCCAGCUUCGUGCCACUGGGGGCUGCCACCGUGCCCACCAUGUCUGCAGCAUACCCGGGGGUCUUCCUGCCCAUGGCCCAGUCAGUGGCUAUGGGGCCGCUCGGCUCCUCGGUGCCCAUGGCAUAUUAUCCAGUGGGACCAGUGUAUCCACCGGGAUCAACAGUGCUUGUUGAAGGCGGCUUUGAUGCUGGAGCCAGGUUUGGAGCUGGUGGAGCCGCCAGCAUCCCUCCCCCCCCUCCUGGCUGCCCCCCCAACGCUGCCCAACUGGCUGUAAUGCAGGGAGCCAACGUCUUGGUGACACAACGGAAGGGGAACUUCUUCCUGGGAGGCUCAGACGGCGGCUACACCAUCUGGUGAAGGAGGAAGGGGAAUGGGGGGGACAGGGGGGGGACAUUUGUGUAAGGAAGACAUCACAUCCUGUCAGCACUUCUCACGAUGUAACUGCUUUAGUCCAUAUUAACCUGAGGUUGCAGAGUAGACACGAAGCGGUGAGGGCUCUGUGGGCUUGGUGCCUGCAGGCAUGGUGGGGUGAAGCACACUGGUGAUGCUGGUGAAGCACUGGUGAUGCCGGUGAAGCACUGGUGAUGCUGGCGAAGCACUGGUGAUGCUGGUGAAGCACUGGUGAUGCUGGUGAAGCACUGGUGA